GCCACCUGACCAGGACCGUGGCGGUGCAAUGGCGGUGCCCACGCUGCGCUGCGGCUGCAGUGGAAGUCGCUGGACUUUUGCUUUGGUUGACAGGGGUUGUCGCCAUCGAACUGUCGCCACAUUCAACUGGAUAAGGGGACAGAGCUCAGUGGCUCAGCAGCCCCUCCACACGGCCCAGAAGCCGAGGAAAGGUGCGAAGGAAUGGGCAGCUGUGGUAGGUUUGGAAAUUCACGCCCAGAUUUCUUCCAACUCUAAACUGUUCUCUGGAGCUGAAGUCCGCUUUGCAGCACCUCCGAAUUCUUUGGUUUCUUUUUUUGAUGCGUCUCUGCCUGGAACUCUGCCGGUUCUCAACAGGCGCUGUGUGGAGGCAGCAGUGAUGACAGGCCUGGCUCUGAACUGCCACAUCAACCAGAAGUCCCUGUUUGACAGGAAGCACUACUUCUACGCAGACCUCCCCGCAGGCUACCAAAUCACCCAGCAGAGGCUCCCGAUCGCUGUGAAUGGGAGCUUGGCAUACGGCACCUGUGUGGGGAAGCAGCAGCGUGAGAUCACCAAGACGGUGAGGGUCAAGCAGAUCCAGCUGGAGCAAGACAGUGGCAAAAGCCUCCACGAUGACCUGCGGUCACAGACGCUCGUUGAUCUGAACAGGGCCGGCGUGGGCCUUCUGGAGGUGGUCCUGGAGCCUGACCUGUCCUGCGGAGAGGAGGCUGCGACCGUGGUCAGGGAGCUGCAGCUGAUCCUUCAAGCCCUGGGGACCAGCCAGGCCAACAUGGCAGAGGGCCAGUUGAGAGUGGACGCCAAUGUGUCUGUGCACCACCCCGGGGAGCCUUUGGGCGUUCGGACCGAAGUGAAGAAUCUAAACAGCAUCAGGUUCUUGGCCAAGGCCAUAGACUAUGAAAUCCAGCGGCAAAUCAGUGAGCUUGAGAAUGGAGGUGAAAUUCUGAAUGAGACUCGCUCGUUUGAUUACAAGCUGGGGUGCACUGUGCCAAUGAGAGACAAAGAAGGAAAACAAGACUACAGGUUUAUGCCAGAACCCAACCUGCCUCCCCUGCUGCUCUACGACUCCACGUGUCUGCCUGCAGGCGCCGACCCCCAGCAAGUGAUCGAUAUCGACCGGAUCUGGGAGACGCUCCCCGAGCUCCCGAGCGAGACGCGGGAGAGGCUGGUUCAGCAGUACGGGAUGCUGCCCGAGCACAGCUUCACUCUGCUGAAUGAAGUUGGCCUACUGGAGUUCUUCCAAAAUGUGAUAAAAGAAACUAGGGCAGAGCCAAAAAAGGUGGUGAGCUGGGUCCUCAACACUUUCCUGGGCUAUUUAAAGCAGCAGAACCUUGCAGUCAGCGAGAGUCCUGUCCCGCCUUCUGCGCUGGCGGAGCUUCUCGACCUGCUGGACACCCGCGCCAUUUCGUCAGCAGCAGCUAAGCAGGUGUUUGAGGAGCUGUGGAAGAGCCCGGGGAAGCCGCCUGCGCAGAUCGUGUCGGAGAAGCAGCUGGGACUGCUGCAGGACCGGGAGGCCCUGGAAGAGCUGUGCCGCGCCACGCUGGACGGACACCCCCAAGUGGUGAGGGACGUGAAGGGGGGAAACCCCAGAGCUAUAAAUAAGCUCAUCGGGCUGGUCCGGAAAGCCACGCAGGGCCGAGCAGAGCCCGCCCUGAUCAAGCACAUCCUGGAGAAGCAGCUGUCGUCGCCAGCGCCCUGAGCCCUUGGGGCCGACAGAACGGCGGCCUGGCGGAGCGGGCGUCCCCACGCGGAGCUGGUGUCUCGGCCUGGCCCCGUGCUGUGCCUCCAGCGUCACGGUCACGGCGUCCUUGGGAGCAGCAGCCACACCGUGGGCGUCAGCGACACUGCAGCGGCGGCUUAGACACUGCACACACUGCUGCCGUGAGUGGCCCCUCGCCAGGCACGCGGUUCCUGCUGCCAGCAGCGGUGAGCACAGACGGUCACCGGGACGCGGUGUGUUUAGACCUCAAAGGUUAUGGAAGAAAAUGCAGCACCCCCCCUCCCCACCCCCCUCGCGUAGCGUAGUAGCGUAGACUGCGUUUGUUUGCGGAGGUGCCCGGGGGUAGGAGGGAGGGCGGAAACCGGUAGCGUCCACAGAGCCCGGAAGGCACGGCCGAGAAUGAAUGAAUGGUUUUAGACACCAGACGUCUUCAGAUAGCUUUACUGAAUAAAAUAUAUACUGCUGUAUCACAUACAAAAUUGACUUACACUUCAGAGAUGUGCAGCUCAUGACCCCCGCCCCCGAGCCUCCGCUGGAACAGCUGUGACAGCACACUGCUUGUUUCACUCGGGGAGAAGAGAGCUGGGGAAUGACGCUGGACCCGACCCUAAGAUAAUCGCGAUGCAGCUGGCCUGUGCCCGGUCCUCAGGAGUCCUCGGCCACGCCCGCACCCACUGGUUCACCGUGCGCAUCUGUCCCCUCGCCGCUCCGUGCUGAAGCCAGCUUUGCAAAUGCUGGUUUCAGAAAGGCUUGUCACAGUGAGUGUAGCAGGACAGCAGGACCUUGGGAGCUGCUUCUCAGCUGGGAGACGCCCAGCCUGCUGAGGACGGUGGAGACGCCCCUGGUGGCAGCUGGCGAGCUGGGGGAAGCAGACCUCCCCACCGCCCACCGGCCUCGGCUCCCAGUGUGCACGUGAGCUCAGGCCUCCCUCACCCUGUGCCCUCGCUAACUCUGCUUUCUCGGCUGGGUCAAAGGAACCCAGCUGUGGCAAGCGUAAGGGGUGAUUUAGAACUAGAAGCCAGCAUGUUCCCUCCCCGAGGAAGCCACGUGCCCCACGUUCUGCUGGGGGACCCGUUCCCUCCCCUCCCCGUGAGCCUCUGCGAUACACACGGGUGGGCAGAGGGGGUCUGAGGCUGCACUCUGGCAGGAUCUGUAUUGGGUCAGAAUGACUACAGUUUGGUUUUGUGUUAUGAACCCCAUUUUCAUCACAAAUUCUAGCUUGUAGAUCAUCGAACCCACUAAAGGAUCUUUCCAGGUCAUUUCAAGUGAAGGGCGGGCUUAAUGGGAGUGCAUCCAGGUAAACAGUUGACCAAAACUGUGAUGUCAGUGAAAACUUUCAUGGACUGAUUAUUCCCAGAGAAAAUGCCGGCAUGAAAACAUCUGAUUUUUACAAGGCUAAUUCUCCUCCAGCUCUACCAGUGGCCUGUUGUUUUGAAUGUCAACUUCCGAAGUCCUGAAAACCAGAUCUUCUGUGGCUAUUGCUGCUACCAGGACAAAAAGGGAGGCAGAGCGCUGAUCGUCUGAUUGGAACCUGAUUGGGUAUUACACAAGCUUCCGUUAGACCCUAAGGGCUCCACCCAGGGUGGUCCUGCUCCUAAGGACCAGGCUCGUGUGCCAUUGUACACAGGGUGCGUGAGUGUGGGUGCUCCUGUGUUUACUGUUCAGAGGGAGGGACUACAAUGAGGCCGCUGCCAGCCUGCACUGCAGUCCACACAGCUAGGGUGGCUGUCUGAAGCCAAUGCUAUCUGCGAGGGGACUGUGCCCCCACGGCGGCCUGAAGCAGCUCUGCCUGUGUUCUGUUGCUUGAGGCGAGGUUGGUGGGUUCCAGUGGGAAGGUGAGCCCCAGCACGGAGAGAGUCUCCAGUAAGAGUUCACUCACUUCAGGAAACUACCGGGGGGGUUCUGUGCUGACAGCUGCCAGACUUAAAUUCUGGGUCACCUGGGUUGAGAAAUUAGUUUUUGUCUCUGUCCUGACUUAUUCAUCAAGGUGAACAUCUGUCUGUCUGUCUCUCAAGGUGUAGAUGGAAGAAAGUUGUCAUUCUUGUACCAAGGUAAGGAUGUUCCCACUGAGCCGUGCCUCCUCUCCCCCUUUUUUUUCCUGGUAAUCGCUGCCCACCUGGAAGAACACCAUGACAUUUUUGAAAGAAGACACCUCCUUUCAGCUUCAAAUUGGACAAUUCCAUUUUAGCUUAUGACCAUGACCUACAGCUUACAUUGUAUUUUCACUUCAAUUGAAUUUAGCUGUAUCAUAGCAGCUGUUGGGGAAGAAAAAAACACUACACCUAACCGACUGGAAGGCCUUGUUAUUUCCCCGUUACCACGGGGGCUGCAGCGUGGCUGUGAGCAGGCUGGCCCUGGAUUGCAAGGUACACCGCGGCUCGCUGCAGCCCUCUCGUGUUGCCUCCCUUACUGAGACCACUGACGCCACAUUCCAUCAAGCAUCUGCAGGGCAAGAAGGGCCGUGUGCGGCCCUGUCCCAGGGGACCGUCAGCGGACACCCUGAGCAGCCUGCUGCAGCCUCGGCCCCAGGGAACUGGUUAUCUGGCCCAGGAGCUUCCGUGGCCUCUGUCAGCUUCUGAAGUGAAACGCUGACUCUAACCCUCUCCAGAAGAUGCUGAAACACACACACAGGGGUGGAGUCCUACUGACAGUCUCCUCACCUGGGUAGGUGACAAGUCAGGUUUACAACUAUGUCUUCUAAGACACGAAAAAAAUCACAGUGACCUCCAGGCUGGGGAGGAGCAGUCCCAGCCAGAUUCGUGAUCCGUUUUAGGAUUCUAGGUAGAGACUGAAGAGCUAAAGGUGGCCCCUGAAUGUGUCCUGGCCCUUCUUUUCCCAAAGAGCCUUGCUGAGAAGCCCUGUUUAUCCAGUUAACGAGCUUCCAAAAUGAUCUGUCCUCCAAGUCAAUUAAUGGCCUAAUAAAUGCCUGAAUGUAGACCUCAUUUACUAAGGGAAAAUUAUCCCCCAAACCAUUCUUGGUCUUCCGAGAGCUCAUUCGAAAGCAUUAGGUUUAUGACGGUCAUUCAGAAACAAGCCAAAAAAAAAAAAAGGUAGCUUCAUUCUUCCCUUAUUGCCUUGUUGUUUUAAGCUAUUUGAUGGAGAAUUAGUGUUGCAUGAUUUAUCCACUGAUGGCAAAAACAGGAAGGGGCCUAGAAUAUUUACUUAACAACUAUCGUGGCCUCAGCCACAAGGCCAGCGCUUCGGGAAGAGCUAAUACUGCAGAGCUGGCUGAGGGACGUGGACAGCCACGCCGGUGAGGACGGUGACCUGGAGCAACACCUGCAGCAGUAGCUGUCCUACACAGGGCUCGCGGUCAGCACUACACCGAGCCCUGGAGCACAUGCAGAUCUGUGGUGUCACACAGUGCCACAGCCCUCCUGCCCAGGCAGUGCUCCCCAGACACAGUCCAGAGCUGGAAAGCCAUCCACAGCCCUUAACCUCUACACCUGAAGGAGCACAUGGGAGUCAGCUCGUGUGACCGCGGCAGCCAAGCCAGACCAGAACAGCUUUGAGCCCUGAGGAGUCCUGGCUGCUGCAGUUUAAACAGGCAGCCCCCAUGUCUGUGGGUCCCGUUUCUAGAUUCUGUGCGAAAGAUGAUGCUUUCCUGGCGACACCCUGGCCCUGUGAGUCUUGAGGGGUUGAAAACCAACAGCUCUAUCUGCCUUGCAGAGAAGCCCUGCUUAGGGCCCCUCCACGUGCUGACUGUAUCCUUGCUACACAGCAGACAGCAGCUCCAACCCCCGCGUAUCCUAGUACUUUCCAGUUCUCAACUCCUCUGAUUACAGCAAGAGGAAGCAGCCAGCCAAUGAGGAAAACUGCAUCUCUGCUUACUCCAGCAGCUGGGAACAAACUCCCUAAUAGUGCCUUAGGCUGACCCUAACUUGGGAUUUCUUUGUUUCAGAUUUUUAAAGCAGCAGUAGGCAUUCAGCACAGCCGUUAAGAUGCCCACCUUCCACACUGGGUGCCUGGGUCAGCUCAGCUCCGGCUCCUGACGCCAGCUUCCGGCUAGUGCCGACCCUGGGAGGCAGUGGCGAGCACUCGGGUAAGGAGUUCCUGGCUCCCAGGGUCCCCACCCAUCCCAUCCCCCCUCCCCCUGUGCCCCCCGGAAGCUCCUGG